AUGGGCGGGGAGACGCCCCGGCAGCGCCUCUCCGCGGGAGCCCCAGGACCUGUGCGGAGGAGGCUUGGAGGAGCCUGCGCGCGGGGGCUGGCCUGGGCCCACCUGACAAAGGGGGUGGACACGCCGGACGCCAGCUGCCCGGGCGCUGUGUCACCCACCAGCGCCAAAGCUUCAUGUUCUGCAGUCUCCAGCGCCAGGUAUUACGACAAGGACACCGGCAGCCCCGUGAGCUUCUACCUGUCCUCCCUGGAGGAGCUCCUGGCAUGGGCGCCCACCGCCGACGACAGCUUCAACGUGGCCUCGAAGCCCCUGGAGGCCCGCCAGCCCCCGCUGAGCAGCCAGAGGCCCCGCACCUUGCUGUGCCACGACAUGAUGGGCGGGUACCUGGGUGACAGGUUCAUCCAGGGCUCCCGCAUGGCCGACCCCUACACCUUCUACCACUGGCAGUACAUCGACAUCUUCGUGUACUUCAGCCACCACAUGGUCACCAUCCCGCCAGUGGGCUGGACCAACGUCGCCCACAGUCACGGGGUCUGCGUGCUGGGGACGCUCAUCACCGAGUGGAAGGAGGGUGGGCGGCUCUGCGAGGCCUUCCUGGCCGGGGAGGAGCGCUCCUUCCGCGCCGUGGCCGACCAGCUGGUCCGGGUGGCCCAGUUCUUCCGAGGGUUUACUGCGGGGCUUCACGGUCUCUCCUAGCCGGCGGCAGUGGGGAACACGCCCCAUUUCCUCCGCUACCUGACCGCCCAGCUCCACCAACAGCUCCCAGGGGGGCUGGUGCUCUGGUACGACAGCGUGGUGACCAGCGGGCAGCUCAGGUGGCAGGAUGAGCUGAACGAGCACAACAGGGUCUUCUUCGAGGCCUGCGACGGCUUCUUCACCAACUACAACUGGCGGGAGGAGCAUCUGGAGCGGAUGCUGGAGCAGGCCGGCCGGCGCCGGGCCGACGUGUACGUGGGCAUCGACGUGUUCGCCCGGGGGAACGUGGUCGGGGGCCGAUUCGACACCGCCAAGUCGCUGGAGCUGGUCCGCAAGCACGGCUUCUCGGCGGCCCUGUUCGCCCCCGGCUGGGUGUACGAGUGCCUGGAGAAGAAGGAUUUCCUCCAGAACCAGGACAGGUUCUGGAGUCUGCUGGCGCCCCACCUGCCCACACACAGCAUCUGCUCCCUGCCCUUCGUCACCUCCUUCUGCCUGGGCAUGGGCCUCCGGCGCGUCUGCUACGGCCAGGAGGAGGCGGUGGGGCCUUGGUACCACCUGAGCGCCCAGGACAUCCAGCCCCUGUUUGGGGAGCACCGGCCGGAGGGCGGCGGCCAGGGCUGGGUGAAGACGCACUGCUGCCUGACGGACGCCUGGCACGGGGGCAGCUCCCUGCUCGUCCAGGGGCACCUGCCGCCCGAGGCCGGAGACGUGGCGGUGAGGCUGUUCUCCCUGCACGUCCCGGUGCCGCCCAGGAUCUUCUUGUCCCUGGUGUACAAGCUGGAGGGGCCCUCGGGCGUCAGGGUGGCGCUGGAACUGAGCACUGGGGAGGCGGGCAGCUGCAGCGUGGGCGGUGCUUCGGAGCUGGACGCGCGAAGCAGCCCCAGGCUCAGGCCCCGGCCCCUCCGGGUGCCCCCCACCAAGCUGGCCAGGUGGGUGGGCCGCUGUAGCCAGCCGCUCCGCGGGGGCUGGGUCCAACGGUGAGUUCCCAGCCCUCCCCGCAGGG